AUGAUAAACCAGUUACCUGAUCCUUUGAUUUGUCACAUACUUUCUCAUCUUCCGAUAAAAGAAGCUGUUAAAACAAGUGUUUUAUCCCCUAGAUGGAGGAGUCUCUGGCUUUGGCUUCCUAGUUUGGAAUUGACAUGUUGGAAAUUUCCUAAUUCCAAUGCCUUUAUGAGUUUCGGUGACAGGUUUCUUGAUUCCAACAGGGUUUCAUGUAUAGACAACCUCAAGGUAACUAUUGACAAAGAUGCCUCACAUCUCACGUCAUGGAUUGAUGCUGCGGUUAAGCGUAAGGUCAAACAUAUAGAACUUUGUUGGCAUCGUCUAAAUAAGUGUCCUGAGUUACCCACAAGCACUUAUACAUGUGAGACACUGGUAUCUUUAAAACUUUACCGGGCGGACUUGGCUAAUGCCAAAUUUGUUUUCCUAUCUUGUCUGAAGACUUUACACUUAAGAAGUAUUUUGUAUCCAAAUGAAGCUAUUUUUGAGAGACUUGUCUCAUCCUGCCCUGUCCUGGAGGAGUUAGUGAUGGCCAUAUCUGUGUAUGAUAAUGCAAUACUCUCUCGGGUGUUCUCUAGGUCACUGAAGAAGCUCAAAAUAACAAUUAAUAACUUUGAGCAUUCUUCUUGUUCAGGAGUUGUGAUUGAUGCUCCUCUACUAAGCUUUUUGAGCAUCAAUGAUGACUUAUCAGAAAGCUUAGUAGUAAUAAACAAAAUGCAUCCCGACGCCAAGUUAGAUAUUUCUACUUCCUAUUUUAUGAGAGUUUUUGAUGAAGAAACAAUUUCUUUGAAGAGAAAUAGCAUCCGCGGUUUUCUUUCGCAGAUUUCGAAGGUUAAAGAUAUGAAAAUAUGUAGAGACACUGUCAAGCUCAUCUAUCAAUACUCGAAAUUAGAGUGGUUACCUCAGUUUAGUUACAUGUCCUGCCUGAAUGCAACUCUCCUCUACUCCGGUUUGAAAGAGUUACCAACCUUUCUUAAAAGCUGUCCAAACUUGAAAUCCCUCGUCUUGGUAUGCUAUGGUAGUUGUGAUGCAAUGUCUUUCCAGGAGAUUAAUCAAAUCAGUUUGUCAUAUAAGCCUGAGUGCUUGCUAUCAUCUCUCGAGUUCAUUGAUUUCGAAUUCCGAUGCCGAUGCGGAGAUUAUGUUCCACUACUGAAGAUAGUAAGAGACAAACAAAGUGACUAUAGCCCUGAAGGGUACUCUGAUUUUCAAUGUGAUUUCAUAUAUGAGUUUGGAAAUGAUGGAGUUUGCUGUAACUAA